GCACGCCUCUGUCUGCAGUGAUUGGUGUCUCCUGCAGGGCUCUGGAUGUGGAGCUGCAUGUCCUGAGCACACAGACACUGCACAGGCUCAGGAGGGCUUCCUCGGACUCACACAUCUUCGAGGGAGAUAACUCAGGGCUGGGUCGGGUGACCCUGCUGGGAUCACGGAGGUCCAUCAGUGCUCAGUAGCCCAAUGGGCUCUGCCUGCAUCCUGUGGCUGUGCCUCCUGCUGCUGGCCCUGCCCACUCCACAUGCAGGUAUUGCUGUGCCCAGAGCUAACCUUGCUGAGGGGGCAGAUGGCUCUUCCAUCAUCAAUACCACUGUGACAGUCUACUACUGUAAAUACUGUGGGGAAGAAAAAUGCAAACCAUCUGAUUACGCAGACUGUGAAAUAAUCGGCAAAACAAAAAAGGAGAUGUUUUCAAAUGAAAAAAUUCAGCUGAUGAUCAACAAAACAUACAUUACUAUGUGUUUUCUGAAAGAAAAAGACGUGAAUCAUGAUGGAGCUUAUGCCAUUUUCUGGGAGAAGGAUGAGGGAUUAGGAGAACCGUGUGCCAUCCUGAAGUCUAGAGAUUCCCUUGAAGAUAGGAGACACAGCAUGACAGAAAAGGGAAGAAUCUGCUGUGAAACACACACAGAUCAUACAAACCCUCACAAUGUCCUGAAGUGCUACAUUGCAGCGACAGAGAAUACAGGUGACAUCCUUGAUUAUGAAGAUCUAGGUAGUCCUCAAUAUUCAGUCGAUGAAAACAACCAUGCUGGUCUCACUGCCACGUUCCUGAUUCUGGGGAUUUGUGCAGGAGGAGCACUGCUGAUCACAUAUUGCAAGAGACGUCGAGGACAUAUCAUAGUGCUCCAGCAGACUUCUCCAGUGAAUGGGGAGACACAGCUGUCUUGAAGGCCAUUUGUCUUACCUGUGAAGGUGCCUGUUUCUCUCUGGUGACUACAAGGGAAGCCAAUGAUAACAAGCUGAGACUAAUGAGUAUCUGCAGGUAGAUAAAACACAAGUUGAUCAAGUGCUUGCAAAACUCAGUAAGGACAGCGCAGUGGUAGUGUUGCUGUAGUUGUGAUUAGGACAUGGAAAUAAACAUACUGCUGGGAUAUGCAAAACAGACAUCUAGUGUCUCUCUGGAGGUUCUGGUGUUAUACUCGCUUAUGAUUCUCACUGCAAUCAACCUGCACCUUUGGCCUCACAGCUGUUUUUCCUUCAAUUCUCACCUGCUAGAUUAAUCAAACAAGUUUCUGAAAGCAAAAACCUCAUAGUUAUUCGAAACACCAUCUACAAAAGAGAAAAUGCCAGCCGUGCGCCCCUCAGCAACGAAGCGCAGCCACCAACACCGAAACGCUUUCAGACAAGGUCUCACAGUAACGUUCACAAAUGUGCCUUCACCGCCCUCAAGCAUUCCCUGAGGACUGAGACUGCCCAAGAUGCUCAGCUCCAGCAAUACCAGAAACUUCCUGGAGCUCCUGUCCUCCUCUGGUGCUUGGCUGAGGGCCACCAUCAUCACAGGGAUGAGCAGCUGGCUCAGCAGCACAGGCUUAGUCCAGCUGACUCCUCUCAAUGGAUGAUCUGACUGUUUCAACCACGCAAACCAAAGUUGUUUGGAGAACUGCAUCUGUAGUUGGGAGAAGUGUGUGCUGAACUCUGUGACAGGUGUUCUCUAUGUGUUCUCCAUGUCAUAAUGCAAUGGCAUGGCUGUGGCUCUUCAUCCUUUAGCUCCCAAGUGGUCUCUGCAUUUACAUAGGAAAGCAUUUAGUGAGCUGACUGGUUUGGUUAGGGAGAGAGGCCUGAUCUUCAAAGCAGAUGUCCGAAACCGAAAUUGAAAAGUUAAUCAUGAAUGACAGCAAAAGAUAUGUUAAAAAUCAACUUCAGAAAUACAGAGAAGUAGUAUUUGUCUUCUUCUACAGAGAAAUAGAAGUCUAUUCUUCUAUUUCACUCUUGUAAGAUCCAAGUGCUCCCACAGCCCCAGCUAUAACAGUGGGGGCUUUAUGCACCUGCUGACCAAAAAUAAUCUUAUCUCAACUCUCUAAUGUGGUCUUCUAAUAUGGAGAGAUUUAUUUUUCCCAUAUGUAUCUUCAUGUUCUUAGGUGCAGUGUUCAAAUUGAUGGUUGAUGCUCUUUUUUCUUUUUUUUUUUUUUUUUUGUAUACCCUCAGGUUCUGAGUUCUUUGGGAAACGGACAGCAAGAUAUUUGAAAGCUUACAUUGUAUUAACUUGAGGGAUUUGGAUUUAAUAAUGAGAGGAUUUAAUUUCUAAUCUUUAACACCAGUUGGAGCCAGAGAGCUGAUCAAGUUUUUAGAAUGAAGGUUACCAGCAUGAUUCUGCCCAGUGACAGCUGUUCAGCUGUCAGUCACAAGAUGUAGUCCCAAGCUGGUCCUUGAGGCUCACCCAGACACCUUUCUUUGCAUCUCUCCUGCCUUUCUGCUGCUAUUGUGCAGCUGUGAUGUUGAGAGGUGUCACUACUAGCUGUUCCACUUUGUGGCUCCUGGGCUCUGUUUUCCUGGUAACACCAAUUCUCCAAUGUUUUGGGGAAAAAUUACUUUAAUGAUUUAUGCUUUUUGCUCGGAACAAAUGAUUUAUGUUACUUUAUGUGAGCUUUUACAAAUAAAUAUAUGCAUGCAAAUACACAUUUCUUAAAUAAAGAUUGAAAAUACCAGGCAUCUUGACUCAGUGAAUGGCAUAAUUUGACAACUGUAAUUUUGUUUUCAUGAGUUUUGUGUUCUUAUAAAAUUGUUAAGGUUGGGG